CUGAAGUGGUCGUUUCACAUGCAUGGUUACUUCCGUGUCCCUCAGGCAGUUAGGUCACUUGAAGCUUCCGUGUUGUUUGAAGGCUACCGUGGCCGGAGAGCUGUGGAGAUAUGAGGUCCAUCCCCGAGGAUUUGACUACGCUUGUCUCAGAUUUGGAGACCUUUCUGACAGAUGUUCUGAAAGCUGAGAAUUUGAGUAAGAAGGCUAAGGAGAAAAGGGAUGCUUUUAUCAAGAGGAUCAAAGAUGUGAAAUCCAGUUAUCCUCAAGAAUUCAGGGAUAAACGAGAUGAGGAGUGGGAUGAGCUUGAGGAAGCAGACAGCAACAAUGAUGGAGGUUCGUUGCACUCAGAUCGUAUGGAUAGGGAUGAAGACACAGCAUAUGAUGGAGCUCAGCAGGCCCCUCCCGUGGCAGCCCAAGAUCUCCCAGCUGUCUUCAAGAGUGGCUACCUAGAGAAACGCAGGAAAGACCACAGCUUCUUUGGCACAGAAUGGCAGAAGAGAUGGUGUGCUUUAAGCAGCAACACAUUCUAUUAUUAUGGAAGUGAGAAAGAUAAGCAGCAAAAGGGAGAGUUUAACAUUAAUGGCUACACUGUCAAAAUGAACAACACCCUGCGCAAAGAUUCUAAGAAAGACUGCUGCUUUGAAAUAUCCGCUCCUGACAGACGUGUUUACCAGUUCUGUGCCGCCUCUCAGAAAGAAGCAGAAGACUGGGUGGAACAGAUUGGCUUUGUGAUAAAAGAUAUGGAAGGCGAGAUUCCUUUGGAGGAGGAGCAGGAGACCUAUGAUGAUUGCUUACCUCUGAAUGCAGCAACUAUGCCCGAAGCCAUUGAUGACGACAUCUAUGAGGAACUUCCUGAGGAGGAGAUGCCUGUUCCUAAAAAAAUAGCACCAGAGCCGACCAGCAAACCCCCUGUAGCAGCACCUGUGACAGCAGUAAAUAAGAGUACAGACUACCAGAACUACUUCCAGGGCUUGUGGGACUGUAAUGGAGACCAGCCUGAUGAGCUGUCCUUCAAGAGAGGAGAUGCCAUCUACAUCCUCAGCAAGGAGUAUGAUACCUUCGGCUGGUGGGUUGGGGAGAUGAAAGGUGUGAUUGGCAUUGUUCCCAAAAACUUUCUGACCGAGAUGUACAUCCUCUGAGAAGCUUAAUGUGAGCAUCUGAAUAUUGCUGAAAAUGUAUCCUCUCAACCAAAUGACUUUUAUGUUAAUUCCAUUGUGUUUAAUGCCAGUAUUUCCUCUGCUUAGUUCUGCACAUUAUCCAGACUAACAAAAUCCAUCCAUACAAAAUGUUUGUUUGAAGUGUGCCGAUAUUUAAUUUAAUUAAUUUAUACAUAUCAGCUCUGCUGGAAUUGAACAACACAAAGAGAAUAUGUUAAUGUUUGUAUAUUGUAUUUAAUUUGUGCUUUGAAAGAUAAAUACAUUGUUUGAAAUAAA